AUGGAACUGCCCAAACUUCUUUACCACACGUGCGAAAUUACACAGGCGUGCAAGCCAGGCUUCGAAGCUGUGGGCGGAUUCUGCUACUUUUUCUCAACCAACGCAGUCAACUUUGCUACGGCUAGAAGCUCGUGCCCAUUGGGCAGCGUGCUCGCCUAUCCAUCCUCUGCUGCCCAAAUGGCUGAUCUCGUGGCUUACCUCAACAACAACAAGUCUGGAAUAACCGACUGGUGGGUCGCUUUGACGCUGAAUGCGGGCCAGUGGUUCUGGAGUGACGGAACGGUAACUACUGGAGAAAAUUUGGGAAACAGUAACAAUGAACCCUGCGCCAGACUCGAUGCUCCCCCCAACUACGCGCCUCGAGACAAUUCGUGCACGAUCACUUACCGUUUCGUGUGCCAGUACAAG